GCUAUUUAAAAGUGAUCUUGGCCAUAUAAAAAUAUCACAUAACCUCUUUAAUACAAUUCACUAAUGUAACACCGUGCAUCACAUUAGGUUCGUUAUGUCUUAAAGCUGUAGUGCGUAACUUUGUAAAAUCAACAAAUGACCCUUUACAUUCUAACCACUGUCGAGUGAGUCGUCUUUCAACUGAAAGGUUGGAGGUACAAAUCCUGGCUCCAUUUUACCUGGUGCUACUUGUCCCCACCCGCCCCUGCACUGCAGGAGUGCACACACACACACACACACACACACACACACACACACACACACACACACACAAACGCUCCCUCAGUCAGGUCCGACUGUAACAAUGUAACAAUGUUAUGCACUGCACCUUUAAAUGAACCAUAUUAUAGCUUGACCUGUUGACAUUUUACGAUUGCUUUAAAAUCCAGGACAGUAAGAACGAGGAUGGAGAUUUUUUUUUUUUUACUGGACAAAAGAACUUAAACCAGACACGAACGCUUGUUUUUGCUCUUGUUCAAAGUUCAACCUGUGCAUCUUAAAGGUGGUGACAGUCAUAGCGGAAAUGCACCACACAUCCUGCCCCUCACACAGACAUUAUAAGGCAGCAACUAGGAGCGCAUCGCAGUCAAAGCUGGGCUCCAACAGUGAAACAACACAACCAUGCUGCUGCUGCUGAGAGCUGUGUUGCUGCUGGGCCUGGUUGCACUGCUGCACGCCGACAGAAAUGGCAAGAUUGUCUCGGUAAAGUUGGGACAGGGAAUCAGACGGAGAAGCAAGACUGUGAGACUGAAGCUGGACGCCUCAGUGCAUCCUCAGACCUUCCACUCGCCCAUCGCCAGCAUGUCUGUGACACCGUGGACGUACAGAGACUCCUUGAUGGAAUCCAGGGUGCCACAGAGGAUUUCUCACGCUCAGUGUCUGACGUCUGGCUGUCUGAGUCUGCAUGGAGAGGGUGAAGAUUCUGUCCUGCAGGCGAAACCCAUCCAAUACCAGACCCUGGUCCUUCACAGAGUCCCACGGAGGAGGCGAAAUAUGAGGAAGGGGAGCAAGGCAAAGAGAAAGUAUGACUUCAGACUGGGGACGGAGGUGAUCACAGUGGGCUGCACCUGUGUGAGGCCCAGCGUCUUAUCACAGUAACACACCUGUAAAUGUGCUUUUUCACCAAAGUUAGGACAAGAGAGCUGUAGAUGGUCAGUGUUGUGAUAUUAUAUCAGUCAUAAAAAAAAGUGUUUUUUGCAGUUAUCACUGUUUCAAAUGAUUGAUGUAUUCGUGCUAACAUGUUGCCGGUUUUCUGUGUUGAGCCAACUUCUGACCGAGUCAUGUGACAUUAUGUCAUGUGACGUAGCUCACGAUUAAAGGUCAAUUAAAAGUUUCAGUCAUGUGACGUCAAUGUCAUCAUCCACCGAUGUACCUGUCACUGAACACGAUACUUCAUGAGAGGCCUGUUAGCGUGUUAGCAUUCAUAACACAUAGACACAGCUGCAUGUCUGCCCCCUACUGGUGAAAAAUCGCUUAAUACAGCAGGGAAAAUGAUAAUAUUUGUACAAGUACU